UGUUUACGUACAUACAUAACGUACAUAUAUGUUAUACUAGCUCAAUUCUAAUUCAAUUCUAAUAAUUUCGAUAAAUUUUCGCAAAUAUUUUACAUUUCAAAUGUCGUCUAUUUCAGAUUAUCGAUAGCAAUUACGAGAUUAAUAAGACCGAUAGCAAUAUCGCAUUAAACGUGCGAUAUCUCGAUUUCUUUAUUCUUUUGUUGUGUCUACGAGAAAUUAUCAAAUAUUUUCUUGAAGAGACCUUUCAUUCUUCGGCCAUCAUGUGAGAUUAAAAUUCUCGAGUUAAAAUUCUCAAGUAAAUGAUAACUGUAAUUAACGGAAUCAAUUAAAGUCAAUAGUUUAUUUACCAUAAUUUACGCUGAUGGCGUUAAUAGAUUGGGAUAAUUUUAAUCAAAGAUGCAUGCUCGUUAUGAUGUCUUUGCAUGCGCUAUCGGCCUUUUUCAUAAUUUCGCGACAGGAAUCCAAAGAUUCCGACGAAAGAGACGAUAAAAAACGGGAUUGUUAAUACAAUAGCGCAAAGCAAAUUUAUCCUUUCAAAAAAUUUUUCGGAAUUUUUUGACAAUUAUGGCAAACGAACCUGAGAAGACGAGUGAACCUGAAGGUGAAAACGAUAAACAAGAUGAAAAAGAUGAAAAAGAUGAAAAAGAUGAAAAAGAUGAAAAAGAUGAAAAAGAUGAAAAAGAUGAAAAAGAUGAAAAAGAAGAAAAAGAUGAAACAGUGACCGUUGAGAAGCAGGAUUUAGACGAGGAAAAAAAGAAGGAAAAUCUCGAAAUCGAGAUGACAUCAAGAGAACCGAAAGGUAAACAACCGAAAGCUUGCGAAGAGGAUCCCUAUAUUGUGAAGCUGUUUAAAAAUCUAAUGAAGGCGGAAAGUGAGAAGAACCCGAUUAACAAGAUGCCGAUAGAGCAACAAGAAAAAUUAUUUUCUAACAUGAUAAUUAAACUUUUGUCGAUUAUUGUCGAUCAGAUAUCAUUCAGUAUCGGCAAAAAUAACUGAUAACUAUAAGUAUCGUCACAGCAUGAUUUAGCAUUAAUUAUAAUUUUUUAAUGAAUCCAUAUAGAUUAGAUAUGUAAUAUAUACAAUAGAUAUUUAGAUAUGUAAUAUGUACAAUAGAUAUUUAAUAAACAAGUGUUUAUACGACCAAACUGGCAAUUUAUUGUUUGAUUAUUAUAUCACGACGUUUCGACCGUAUGGUUUUGGUCCUUAUCAA